AUGUCGACAGACGUGGAGAAGCUCGGUCGCUGCUUGGUUGACUUCGCGAAGGCGCCCUCCUUUUUCAAGGGCUCGGGUAAAUCGGGGGGGUUCGGCAAGUCCUCCAACAUCCUGAGUCAGCAUCGCAUGUGGUCCGAGAUAUCUAAGGUGAGGCCUUCGCUGAGUUGGAGCAAGCCCGAGGCGACGGAGGCGAUGGGGGUCGUGCUCAAGGAGCGCAAGGAAAAUUGGAAGGAGUUCAAUAAGGAUGACGAGACGGAUUGGCUCAGCAAGAUGCCGAAUCGUUUCAAGUUCGUUUGCAGGGCCAUCAACCAGGCGAGGCUCAAGAAGACGAGCAAGUGGGUCCACAAGCUCGGUCUCGCCGCCGCUUCCAAGGAGGGCGCCGCGGCGCAGGCUGCUGUCAAGGAGCCCGACUCCGACAAGCAGCAGGGCGUCGACGGCGCCGUUGGCGCGUCCGAGGACAGCCUCAAGCAUGAGGGCAAGUACGUAUUGGGCUUCUGCCGCGAGCACAUGAAGGCGUGGAGGUGCAUGCCAGGUCAGAAAAAGGAGUUCACGAAGGACGUCAAGAAGCCAGAGGGGUCCACGCCAGAGGACCCAACCUUGGCAACGUGGUCCGAUGGUUUCAAAGCUCGCAUCUUCCAGUUGAGUUGCGCCGAGUUCGACGCGAUCGAGGACACCGAAAAGGUUAGCACCUCCAGGGGUACGUAUGUCUGGGAGACUCGCCCGACGGAGAACUCGCGCAUCUGGGUGAGCAGGCCUACCUCGAAGAACAACGUGUUCUGCGCCCACUCCAAGGUCGACGGGUCUCAGAGCCAGAUGUGCCAGGUCAAGGCGACGGCGUUCGGGGAUGACGAGGAGCAGAUCAAGGAAGCCGAGAAGCUCGCAGUGAAGCUCGCUCAGAAGUUGGCGUCCACGGAGGACACAACCAAGGAUAUGCUCAAGGAGCUCAGGGACAAGGCGCUGCCCACGCCCACGAAGGUCAAGAGGCUGGCGAGCCAGACCGACGGCAAGCAACCAGCACCAAAGAAGGCCAAGAGCAAGGCGAAGGCCAUUCCACCCUGUCAGGCGGAGGCCGCGCAGCCCGUCGUGCCAGCCGAGCCCGUCACGCCAACGCCCGACGAGGGGAAGAUCACGGAUUUGCCAGGGAGCGCCUCGGCCAACGAGUCCGAGUCCGAGAAGGCGGCCAUCUCACACAAGUGCGGGUUCUGCGGCGAGGAGCCCACGUGCCUGGACAUCUUCAAGAAGUACAACUUGUGCACGGCGUGCUACAAUGAAAAUAUAUUUGGUUGA